GGCGGGGCGAGGAGGCGGCGGAGCACCGGGCUGAGCUCGGCGCCUCGCACGCCGGCUGCUGCGGCCUCCUUCGGGCCCGCUGCCCGGGAGCAGGAUCUUCUGCUGUGAAGACAUUACCCAAGUACCAGAAAGUCUGACCCACGAAGCCUAGAGAGAGACAACCACUAGGUUGUGGAAGUGUGAGGUCCAGCUCGGUUUCCCCUUGGCCCUUGGAGCUUCAGGUGGAUCUGGAGCAGACGUGGCCCCUCCUGCAGACCCAUGACUCACCAGCUACAGAUACGACUGCUGACGUGGGACGUGAAGGACACGCUGUUGAGGCUCCGCCGGCCUGUGGGGGAGCAAUAUGCCUCCAGCGCUCGGGCCCACGGGCUGAAGGUGGAGGCCCCAGCCCUGGAACAAGCCUUCCGGCAGGUGUACAAGGCUCAGAGCCGCAGCUUCCCCAACUAUGGCUUCAGCCAGGGCCUCACCUGCCGCCAGUGGUGGCAGGAUGUGGUCCUGCAGACCUUCCACCUGGCGGGGGCUCGGGACGCCCAGGCUGUGGCCCCCAUCGCUGAGCAGCUGUACAAAGACUUCAGCAGCCCCGGUUACUGGCAGCUGUUGGAGGGAGCUGAGGACACCCUGAGGGGGUGCCGAGAGCGAGGUCUGAGGCUGGCAGUGAUCUCCAACUUUGACGAGCGACUAGAGGGUAUCCUGAAGGGUCUCGGUUUGCGGGAACAUUUUGACUUUGUGCUGACCUCUGGGGCUACUGGCUGGUGCAAGCCGGACCCCCGCAUUUUCCAUGAGGCCUUGCAGCUCGCUCAUGUAGAACCAGCAGUGGCAGCCCAUAUCGGGGACAGUUAUCACCAUGAUUAUAAGGGGGCACGGGCUGCAGGCAUGCACAGCUUUCUAGUAGUUGGCCCAGGGCCUUUGGACCAUGAGGUCAAAGAUUCUGUACCCCAAGAACAUAUCCUCCCCUCACUGCCCCACCUCCUGCCUGCCCUUAACCGCCUGGAGCACUCAACCAGAGGGCUGUGAGUCUGGUGAGGGAAGUGGCUGGGCCCAACAAACAUUACAGACAGGAAGUCCUUUCCUUCCCAAGAUCUGACCUUUACCCCUUCCCUGCAGACGCCAUAAUGCAUUCUGACUAUAAAGCAAUGAGUGAGGCUUUUAGCCCUGCCCACUAAUCAGCUCCUGG